AUGAUGAAGAUUCACCAUCAGAUUCAGGAUGCUUGAGAAUCUUGCUGUUUGGGAGGACAGGAAGUGGAAAGUCUGCCACAGGAAAUGCUAUCCUCGGAAAAAAUUGGUUUUACAGUAAAGACAGCUCAUGUUUAGUGACCACUACUUGUACAAAGGUAAUUGGUGAAGUUGAUGGUAAAUCAGUAGCUGUUAUUGAUACUCCAGGACUCUUUGACCCCUCACUGACAAAAGAACAAGUGCAGGAAGAAAUAAUGAAAUGUGUUUCACUGUCAGCACCUGGACCACAUGCGUUCAUCACUGUGUUUAAUAUGGGAAAAAUCACCAAAGAGGAGAAAGACACUUUAGAAAUGAUAAUGAAGAUCUUUGGACCAAAAGCAGCAGAGUUCAGCAUUGUUCUCUACACUAGAGGAGACAAACUAAAAAAACAAACAAUAGAACAAUAUGUAGGAAAAUAUAAAAAUGAUGACCUUGAGAAACUGAUCACUGACUGUGGAAACAGAUUCCUGGCUUUUAACAACACAGAAACACAAGAUCAGACGCAAGUUACUAAGCUGUUCACUAUGAUAGAAGAGAUGAAGAGAUCUAAUCAGGGCCGAUAUUUCACUAAUGAGAUAUUUGAGGAGGCAGCGAUCACCGUUAAAGAGAGAAUGAAAAUUAUAAAAGAGAAUGAAAGACAAAAUCAGGCUCAAGUUGAAGAAUUAAAAGCCAAAUAUGACAUGCCAUUCGAAAGCAUGAGAACAAGACAGGAGGCGAAGAAACACAGGGCAGAUGAGGAAAGAGAGAGACUGGAGAAGAAGUUCAGAGAACAAGAGGAAACACUGAGGAGAGAGUUUGAGGAGAAAGAAAAAUCAGAGGAUCAGAAACGAUCAGAAGAGGAGGAACAGCAAAGAUAUGACUAUAAUCAAAGAAGAGAGGAGAUGAAGAGAGAGAAUGAAGAUCAGAGAAAACAGUAUGAAGAAGAGCAAAAAGAAAGAGAAGAAGAAGAUAAAAAGAGAGAGGAAGAAUAUAAACAAGCUCAAGAAAAGAUGAAAAUUGAUCAUGAACACAUCAUGACAGAGUUAAGAAAAGAACAGGAAGAGGAAAUAAAAAAGAGAGAUUCAGAGGAACAAAUGAGGAAGAAACAAGAAGAUAGAGAGAGAGAAGAAUGGAUGAGAAAAAUAAAAGAGAGACAGAGAACAGAGAGAGAACAGAAAAAGAAAGAAUGUGAAGAGAAGAUCAAUGAAAUGGAGAGACGUUAUGAGCAGCUGGAACGAGAGGGAAAAGAGGAGUGGAAGAGAAGAAAACAAGAUGAUGAAGAGAGAAGAAGGAAGAAGAGAAAGAGAUGGGAGAAAAUGAUGGAAGAUCUGAAACGAGAGCAAGAGGAGGAGAUCAAGAGAAGAGAAAAAGAGGAGAGAGAAAGAAUAGGCAGAGAAGAAAAAGAGUGUGAAGAAAUGAAACAGAAACUUGAAGAGGAAAUAGAGAAGAUGAAGAAGAAACAUGAAGAUGAAACCAAAACACAAGAAGCAGAAUUGAAUGAUUUCAGAGAGAAAGUAGAUCAGCAGGUUAAGGAGCUCACAGAGAAGAUAACUGAAACCUAUGAUGACGAAAAAUCAAAAAGGGAAAGAAGUUGUCUUGUCAUGUGAAAUAUUUUUAAAUAUUACUGACUAGCUCUGGUCUUUUGAAGGGUUCUUUUGCGUUUCUGUUUCUCUCAAGCAUGAGUGAGUUACUGUAUCUGUAUUCAUUUAAUCAGGGCUUUUCCCACCUGCUCCUGAAGGUUCAGAGUUUAGUCACAACCCUGCAGUUACACAGCUGUCGGUCAUUAAAGGGAUAGUUCACCCAAAAAUGAAAAUUAGCCCAUGAUUUACUCACCCU